AUGUGGGGAUGGUGUGUUGGGGUAGAGGAUCCAAGGUCCACAACACAAUAUAGUGUAUGGUGGAUACAACACAAGCAUAUACCUUUGACAAAUCUGAUAGUUCCUAUUGGUGCUCAGCAGAUUAGACAUGGCAGGGAUCCCAAGGGGAAAGGGAGAGGUGGGGGGAGAUAUGGAGGAGGUAGAGAUGGAGGAGGUAGAGGUGGAGUAGGUAGAGGUGGAGGUGGUAUAGAUCUAAUAGCAAUGGUUGUAGAGCAGGUGGAUAGUGGAGAGGAGGAUGUGGAUAUUAGUGGAGAGAUUGCAUCUAUGAGUAGUUCUGAUGAGGGCGAUGAGUCAGGAUCAGGCUCAUCGAGCAACGAUGGGGAUGAGGGUGGAGAUGAUGGACAUGAUGUGGAGAUGCCCCAGGAUACAGAGUUUGGAGGUGCAGAGAGAGGAGAUGAGGAGGGAUUGAGAGAUCAAUUUAAGCGUUUAGAGGACCUGGUCGCUACUUUGUGGUAG